CUCUGAUGUAGCCGUUGUAUCAUUCUUCAACUCUCUACGGUUCUUUUCGUCAAUCCAACGUCAACCGCUACUUCCUACUCAGACCUCGCCGCUACCUUGUUUGUUCGAGCGGCAUCAUCCUCUUCUACGCCGUAACAGGCCUCUAUCGCACUCUCCCAACUCACUCCUCUCCUACGCACCUCACAUCUAAGGCAAAAUGUCGUCCUGGCCGAACGAUCCGGGAUUCGACACCGACUAUGAACAAACUACUCCUGUCCAACUCACUAUCAAAGGACACAUUCCAUCAUACGCAGCAGGCGUCCUCUACAGAACGGGCCCUCUCGGAUACAAAGUCGAAACUUCGAAAGGUAAUACUUGGGCUGCCAAUCAUUGGUUUGAUGGGCUCUCUGCCGUACAUAGAUUUCAGAUCGAAUGCCCCAAAGGUGGCUCUCCUCGAGUGACAUACCGCUCAAGAAGAGUUGUAGACAAGAUGCUAGAAAUUGUGAAGAGGACUGGAAAGAUAGACGGCAUUACAUUUGGAGCGAAGCGCGAUCCAUGUAAGGCCUUCUUCAAGAAGGUCAUGAGCAUAUUUGUGGCCGAAAGGGAAGCGGGGAAUAUAGGUGUGACCCUAUCAAUCAACAUGCCCGGUGGCGGUUACACCCCGAGUGAUGAGAAGACUUCCAUAGUUAAUGGACAUAGCGCCGGUAUAGAGACGCUGCAUGUCAAGACCGAUGCGAACGUAUUCAGGAGAAUUGAUCCAGAGACUCUGGAGCCUGAGGGAAUCGCUAGCCAGAGAAGUCUCCACCCCGACCUAAAAGGCCCGUUCUCAUGCGCUCAUGCGAAAUCUGAUCCAAAUACUGGCGACAUCUACAAUUUCAACCUCGAUUUUGGACGUGCAUCUACCUACCGCAUAUUCUGUACAUCUGUGUCGACCGGCAAAACCACAAUUCUUGCCAAAUUUUCCGGGACACCGGCGUAUAUCCACUCGCUUUUUCUCAGCGGAAACUAUGUCGUUUUGUGCGUCUGGAACAGCCACAUCGCCUACAAUGGCUUAUCAGUAUUAUACCACAAGAACGUCGUGGAUGCCAUCGAGCCCUUCGAUCCUUCCAAGAAAGCAGUCUGGUACGUGGUCGAUCGCCGCCAUGGUAAGGGACUCGUAGCAACAUAUGAAAGCGACCCAUUUUUCUGCUUCCACACCAUUAACGCCUGGGACGAACCCUCAUCCAACAAUACAAACGAGACCGACAUCAUCUGCGAGUUGUCGCUCUAUGACAACCUUGACCUAAUCCACCGCUUCUACUACGAUAAUUUAAUUAGCUGCGGCAAAGGCCAUGAAACUUAUGUUGGAAAGAAGAGAGAGACCUGCCUCCCAAGCCUCGCGCGUUUUCGGCUCUCCGCUAUCAAUAGUAGUAUAUCCCCGUCAACCCACCGAACCGCAGAGCUCGUCUACAAAGCCCCUAAACCCCUUUCAUCCGAGCUGCCCACCAUGAACCCUGCCUACAUCACCCGGCCACACCGCUACACCUAUGGUGUAGCCGACCGACUGAAAUCCUCGUUCAUGGAUGGGCUCGUCAAAUUUGACAGCAACACUCAAACAGCGGUGUUUUGGGAGACGGAAGCGCAUACACCAGGUGAACCGAUCUUUGUGGGAGAUCCGGAGGGGAAGGAAGAAGAUAACGGGGUACUCUUGAGUGUGGUAUUAGAUGGAGUUAAUGGAAAGAGUUAUCUAUUGUGUCUAGAUGCGAGGACGAUGAAGGAGAAGGGAAGAGCGGAAAUGGAAGGUCCAAUGGCUUUCGGGUUUCAUGGAGCAUUCAAAGGAAAUGGAGUGAAGUAUGGUGGGGAUAUAUAAGGGUGAAGGGAGUGACAGUGGUG